AUGCGUGAUUUUAUUGUCGAUGAUGAAAAUGAUGAAUUUGAUUAUCGAAAAGAACUUCAAGAAACUUUAAAGAAAAAUUUUGGUUUUGAUAAAGAUAAAUAUCGUGGACGAUUUUUAUGUGAUGACGAGGAUGAUGAUUUAAGAAAUAUGGAAUCAUCAUAUGAUCGAAUAGAAGAAGAAGAAGAAUAUAGGUAUAUUUAAAACAAAAAACAUUUCUUGAAAAAUUUUGUGAUUAAUUUUAGUCGACGACA